GUUUCGUUUGUCUGCGGAUUAUUCAUUGUUUGCAUGAAUUUCACAAAUGAUGCUAAUAGGAGUGAUCCUCGUUCAUUAAAUUCAGGCCCUGAUUUUUGGGGAUUAUUGGAUAAAAAAUGGCAAAUGUGUUCUAAGGGCAAAAUGCAAUCACCAAUAAAUAUCGAUCCAUCUUCAUUACUUUACGAUCCGAAUUUAAGCGCGAUUCACGUCGAUAAAUCAACGGUAGCAUCUGAAUUGAUCAAUACCGGUCAAAUGCCAAGAGUGAGAUUGUUCAAUACAAACCGUUGGCCGAGUGUUAAUAUAUCUGGAGGACCGCUCAAUCCGUACAGAUAUCGUAUGCAACGAAUGGAUAUCCAUUUCUCGAGCACCACUGAUUUUGGCUCUGAGCAUUCGGUUGACUCGAAAAAGUUCCCCAUGGAGAUUCAAAUAAUUGCAUUCAACAGUGACUUAUAUCGUAAUUUUUCAACUGCCGUCGUGUCACCACAUGGCAUUGCAGCUUUAUCACUUCUCGUUCAGAUUGGCAAAAACACCAAUGAAGAGUUACUCAAAAUAACGAUCGCAACAGCUAGUGUACCCUUUAAAAGGAAAAGAGUUGAACUGAUGGAAUUAAAACCGUGGAAGAUGUUGCCUCAUAAAGCUGAUUAUGUCACCUACGAAGGAUCGAUGACUUCACCAGGGUGUCAUGAAACCGUAACAUGGAUUAUCAUAAAUCAUCCCAUUUUUAUCACCGCUGAAGAUUUGGAUACGUGGUCAGUACUGCAGCAAACAACCACUCAAGAGCCUGAACCUCGAUAUAUCGCUCCAAACUUUAGGACACUCCAAGAUCCUCACGGACGUAUUGUAAGGACAAAUAUAAGGCAUCACUUCAAGGAGCAUGAUGCAGAAUGUAAGAAACGUUUGAACGAUACGUGGUACAGAUCGAAUCCGAAUCGGACCGAAACGAUACGGUCAAAAACAAUAUUUCAUCGACGUCGUCAUCAUGCUCAUCAUCAUGCUGAUUUUGAAUUAUUGUAG